AUAUUAUGUAUAGAUGUAUAGAUUUGCAGUAGUAAGUCAUUUUAUAAGAGAAAAAAAGCUCAAUGCAAUUACAUGGCAGUCUCGUCCCAAUCCUGAGUUCCAACCACAAAAAGUGACCCCUUUGAAUCACCUAGUAGAUUCUGCCACGAGUCGAAUUUUGACCGAAUCUGGCACGCGCUAUCCACACUUCCUACCUUCAGAUUUUCCUCUCAUUGUCUUCAUUUUUCUGCCCUCAUCUCCAGUGCUGCCGAGUAACACAGGAAGGAACCAAAACCUAAAAAAGGUUCGUAAUCAUCUCUCUUGAAAUAUUCUCUUUUAACUUAGAAUUUCCGAUGCAGGCUUCUGCUCUGAAGAAAAUUCUUAAAGAAACCCGUUACCGGGCGUAAUUGGUGUGUAAAUUUCCUAUUUCUUUUUUAUCCGAAUAUGAUUCUUGAAGGAGACAAACUUUUCUUAAAAAAAAUUGAAGGUUUGAACUCUCUUGGAUGACGGCUUCUAUAGUUACAAAUCACAAGGCUAUACGCCGUGCCAUCCACACAGCUGAUGUUUUGGAAUUUGGAUUAUGUUCCCGGAAUGGGAAGUUUGCAUAUCUGCCUUGCAGACUUAAUGUAAGGCAGCCAGUGCAAACCGUUCAAUUAUUAGCAAAAAUUAGGAACACCCUCACUUGGAAGACUAUAGCUUUUGCUAUUCCUAAUGAAAACAAUGAAGUGGAAAGAAGCAGUUCCCAUGCUUGUUCCGAUGAUCCAAUGCUUAUGCCUUUGGAAAAUAAUCAUAGUUCCAGCGAUCUGGAUGAAGAAGCUGUUUCUUCUCUUUCAGAGUCAGGAGCAGGGCUCUUUCAGAGGGUUGAAGACUCAGUAAGCCAGUCAAGCCUUCUGGAAAAAUUGAAGGCUGUACAUUUACAUGUGUUAGCGUCAGAACAGUGGAAUGCUUCUAGGCUGAAAUUAUGUCACAAAAAUUACAUGGAGAGUGCAACAAACUUAAUCCAUUAUCUGGCUUUGAAAUGUCUUGACACUGAGCCGCUCAAAGAUGAUCUUGCUUUGAUCAGUCUUCUGAAUUUGGAUAUGGUCAAUUCAUCUGUCCUGAAAACUCUAACCACAGGCAUCCAAUUGUUGGAGGACCUACAGUUGAAGUCUGUAAGAACUGAGGAGAAUGUUGGUGCAGGAAUUUGCUCUCAGGAAGAAUUAGAUAAACAAAAGAAAGGGAAUUUCAUGAUAAACACAAUGAGGAUAAAGGCAUAUUUAAACAGAGAUAAAUUAUUAGGACCACUUCAGGAUGGCAGACUUACUCAUAUCAUGACAACAGUUGGCGAAGAAGCUCUUGACAGUGAAACACUAAUAACUGAUCUUAUAAAGGCUGGGACCUCUAUUAUUCGAAUCAAUUGUGCGCAUGGAAGCCCUGAAAUUUGGAGUGAGAUAAUCAGAAGAGUAAAACAAAGUUCUCAAAUGCUGGAGGCCCCAUGUCGAAUUCUUAUGGAUUUAGCUGGACCAAAACUUCGUACGAGUAAUCUAAAGCCUGGUCCUUGUGUGGUAAAAAUAUCCCCUAAGAAAAAUGCUACGGGGAAGGUGAUUUUUCCUGCACAAGUUUGGGUUUCUCACAAAGGAACUGGCGCUCCUCCUCCUCAUGUUUCUCCUGAUGCAGUUCUGUUCAUAGAUGACCAAAAAUUUCUCACUGAGAUCAAAGUAGGUGAUACUUUGAGGUUCUUCGAUGCUAGAGGUAAGAAAAGGAUGCUAAAGAUUUCCAGAGUCCUUCACGUUUUUUCUGGUACUGGCUUUAUGGCUGAGUGUACUAGGACUGCUUAUGUUAGUUCUGGAACAGAAUUACAUAUUAAGAGGAAGAAAGGUAGGUUCCCUGUUGGACAAGUGGUAGAUGUCCCUGCUAGAGAGUCAUUUAUCAGACUAAGAGUUGGGGACUUGCUGAUUAUUUCACGGGAUGGUACAUGUGACCAGGAUAGCUCCAAUGGGCACACAAGUGGUGCUAAAAGAAUAACAUGUUCAUCGGGCUAUCUGUUUGAUGCUGUCAAACUUGGAGAGCGCAUAGCUUUUGAUGAUGGAAAGAUUUGGGGAGUCAUCAAGGGAACUAGUCUCUCAGAGAUUGUUGUCUCAAUCACUCAUGCCGGCCCAAGAGGGACUAAACUUGGAUCCCAGAAAUCCAUCAACAUCCCAGACAGCAAUAUUCCAUUCGAAGGUGUGACUUCAAAGGAUCUGGUGGAUCUUGAAUUUGUUGCUUCCCAUGCAGACAUGGUGGGUGUUUCAUUUGUUAGAGAUACUCAUGAUAUUGUUGUGCUUCGCCAAGAACUGGAGAAAAGGAAACUUCAGAACCUGGGGAUUGUUUUAAAAAUUGAAACAAGAAGUGGGUUUGAGAAAUUGCCCCUCUUGCUCUUGGAGGCAAUGAAGUCUUCAAAUCCUUUAGGAGUUAUGAUUGCGAGAGGAGAUCUUGCAGUAGAGUGUGGGUGGGAAAGAUUGGCUGAUAUGCAAGAGGAAAUAUUGUCUGUUUCCGGUGCUGCUCACAUUCCAGUUAUUUGGGCUACUCAGGUCCUUGAAUCACUUGUCAAAUCUGGUGUUCCUACCAGAGCUGAGAUUACUGAUGCUGCAAAUGGAAGGAGGGCAAGCUGCAUUAUGUUGAACAAAGGGCGACACAUUGUAGAAGCUGUUUCAACUCUAAAUAGUAUCCUCAACUCAAACUCAGAACAGAUGAAAGCCGAAGUGAAAUCUCUUCUUCUGUCCAGCCAUCUCUUUUAGGGAAGUCCAGUUUUUUGCAUUUAGUGGAGUACUGUUACUGUAUAAUUUGCAGCAGCAUGCAUCUUUAAUAAUGGAUGACUUAUCACAAAUAACAAGCAACUGACUAUAAUUGCCUAUUGGUACCGUAGUUUAUAUCAUUGAACAAUGUUUUCUCCAAAAGAAUCUUUAAGGAAAUGGUGAGCAAUGACCUGAAGAAAUUAUCUGUCCUCCACUGGCAAUGACAAAUUGUUGCAUUGUUUUUGUACGUGAUAAUUGAUUGAGAAUCUUUAAGUACAUAAAUCGUAUAAGUAACAAAUAAAGAUUUUUUUUAUAAGAAAUGUAAAUAGGUUUAAUAUUAAGUAUCAACAUUAUA